AUGCCAACGUCUCAUUUUGGACGACCUGCUCGUCACAUCCGGCCGUCUGAUGCUAAGCUGGUUGAAUCUAAUGCGAAAAAUUCGCAUGCUUCGCCGACAGCUGUAUCAUCAGAGAAAGCAGGAGUAAUAGCUCAGCCACCGCCGAAACCGCGGUCUCCUCCGACCUCUCCACCACCUCCGCCACCCCCGCCCCAGUCUCCGGAAGUAUCAAUACUCAAUGGGGAGAAUGGUCUGCAGGGCGAAGACGACUUCAUCUUCGUGGGUCACAUCACAGGCUCCGGGUAA